CCCCAUUCCCAUCCCCAUCCCCCUGCCCGCCGGGUGGGGGCGGCUUAAUCUUAAAGGGCUCCGAGCUGGGCUCCGGCGCCAGGGGAUUGGGACCGGGACCGAGGAGGGGCCCUGGGGGUGGGGCCGGGGUGCGGAGUGCGGUAGGGUCAGUCACGUGCGUCCCACACACUCCCCCGGCUUCCACUCGCUCCCGGGCGGCUGGGCCCUGGGGGCAGCAGGAGCCUACCCUCGCCCAAGGAGGAGGCCGAGGCGCCCAGACAACCUCGCGUCAUCUUCCCUCCCUGCUACCGGCCUUGGCCUGAUAGGAUCCGCGGGUCGCUUCCCCAACCCUGUCGGGGGGUCGAACAGUGUGUGGGUUCUCCGGCUGGGGGAGGGGAGGGGCGGGAGGCCUAGAAUGGCCUCCGAUCGGUGCAUCUUUCCCGUCUGCCUCCUGGCCUGCCGCUCCGCACCUCUCCAUCCAGUCCUCCAUCCCGGCCCCUCUCUCUGCCGUGGCUGUUUCCCACUUCCUGUUUUCUUCCCGGCUCUGGCGCCAUACAGGGCCGCCUGGAGUGGGGGAGGUGGUGGGGCCCCCCCAGGAGGCCGGCGUGUUCUUCCUCUACCACCACUCCUCCCUUCCGACGCUCAUACUCCCUUAAAAAAAGUUUGGGCCGUCAUGUGAGGUUGGGGGGUGCCCAGGAGUUUUGUCCCCCCAGGCUUGCAUAGUCUGUCUGGGAGAAUCCCUACCCCGCCUCUAUGGGACCCAGGUGUGCUUCUGGGACCUCGCCAUCCCAGUCCUUGCUGUCUGUCUGCUGCCACUUCUGCACUCUGUCUCGCAGUCUCCUGAACCCCUCUCUCCAUGUGCCUGCUCUGUCCCUGCCUCACUGGCCCGCAUGUUCCCGAGGUCCCGCACCCCCAAGCUUCCUCCGUGCAGGUCUGGUGUUUCCCUGUUUUAAGCACGUGGACGCAUACACAGCACACUCACACAUGCUCCCCUUGCCCGUGCCUGGCUCCUGGCUCCAAGGCCUGGGGAACAGAGCCCCAUUGAGACACCCUGACGUCACCCCUUCUUCAUUCUCCCCCCCAAAGCUGGGAACAGGCCCUCAUGUAUGCUGUGUCCGAUGAGGAAAGCCGCCGUUGGGGUGGGCCUGGGAGUGGGGAAGGGUCCCUGCCAGAAGUGGGAGCCAGGGUCCAGGCCCUGGAGGAGGGGUUGCUCAGGGAAGGGGUUUAACAAGGGGGUCUGGGAUAGCUCCCAGAAUGCGGCUUGAGGCCUUUCCAGAGCCCCCCCACCUCCUUUCCGAGUUCCCUUUGUGUUGCAUGUAGUCUCUCUCACUCCCUCUCUUCUGCAAAGUUUAUUUUUAGCCUCCUGCUCCCCCGCUCCCAGGACUGUCGCUGCACACACGUUGCCUGGUUACCGGGACACGGAGGCUGGGGCGGGUGGGCUGGGAAGGGUGGCUUUAAUUUUGGGGGGAGGGUGGAAGUCAGUACAUCCCCCACCCCCAGAUUGAUGUCUCAGGGGCUUCGCCCCCCUUCUAGGUCUAGAGCCAGAUUGGGGCUGAGGUGGAAGUAGCAUGGAGCUUGGUUCCCUGAGAGGGACCGGGAGCUUUUUGGAGGGGAUGUGAGGGUCCAUGAAGCUGGUGGCUGGGUCACCUAGGUUCCAAAGGACCCUGGGCCUUGCAAGAGACCUUGUGAUCUGGAUUCUCUAGAAGGGUGAGGAUAAUGGGGUGAACACCUAGAUUCCCAAGAGAGCGAUGGGGCUCUGGGGUCUCUGGAAGGGGUUGUCAAAGGCUGUCACUUUUAAAUGGAGCAGGGGCUGGGUGCUGGUCUGUGAACAGCCGGAGGUCAUAUCCCUGGCACCCUGAGGGGCUGGUGGAAGGCUGGGCUAUAUCUGAAUGGGGCAGGGACUCCGGGGGUUAUGCAGUACUGCAGCCCAGUCUGGGCAGGAGUUGGGGGCCUGGGUACCUGUGGGAGACAGCUCUGGAUUUGGAGGGGGUGGUCCCUGUGGGAGCAGGAACUACUGAUUCCCUGGGUCCCCAAGGGGAAGGAUCCCCUGUUGGAUUCCAGACUUGGGUGGAGUCUUUGAGGGUGAAUGUGUUGCCCGGAGGCCUUGUUGGUACCUGCUUGAGCUGGGGCCAAGGGAGGCGGAUUGACCCCUCCAGCCUGACUGGAUUUGGGAGCCGCCCAUCUUUAGCCGGCCACCUUGGCCUUCUCUCUCUAGUGGCACCAGAGCCCCUGCCCUGCCUCCCCCCUCCUUCCUUUCCUCCCCUUUCCCUCCUCCCACCCCUCCAUUACCGGCUGCCUGGUGCUGAAUUAUUGAUGGCCCCUGAUUACCCGGGGGUUUGGGAAAUGACAACAACCACAGCCCCCCCACCCCCCACCCCAGGCUGCCCACCUCCUCCAGAGACCAGCCAGCCCACCACCAACCUCUACCCAAGGUUAAUGCUGGGGGUGGGCAGGCAGGUGGGCAGGGAAGGAGCUGAAGAUGAGAAGGCAGAAGUGGGAAGAGGGUGACAGCUCCAGGGUGCCUGCUCAAGCUCCAGGCCUGGGCUGGGCCCUCCAGCCAGGGUUUGCCUUCCCAGAUUGGGCCUACAAGCCAGAGUCGUCCCCUGGCUCGAGGCAGAUCCAGCUGUGGCACUUUAUCCUGGAGCUGCUGCGGAAGGAGGAGUACCAGGGCGUCAUUGCCUGGCAGGGGGACUACGGGGAAUUCGUCAUCAAAGACCCUGAUGAGGUGGCCCGGCUGUGGGGCGUCCGAAAGUGCAAGCCCCAGAUGAAUUACGACAAGCUGAGCCGGGCCCUGCGUUAUUACUAUAACAAGCGCAUUCUGCACAAGACCAAGGGGAAACGGUUCACCUACAAGUUCAAUUUCAACAAACUGGUGCUGGUCAAUUACCCUUUCAUUGAUGUGGGGUUGGCUGGGGGUGCGGUGCCCCAGAGUGCCCCGCCAGUGCCGUCGGGCGGUAGCCACUUCCGCUUCCCUCCCUCAACGCCCUCCGAGGUGCUGUCCCCCACCGAGGAUCCCCGCUCACCACCGGCCUGCUCUUCAUCUUCAUCUUCCCUCUUCUCGGCUGUGGUGGCCCGCCGCCUGGGCCGAGGCUCAGUCAGUGACUGUAGUGAUGGCACGUCAGAGCUGGAGGAACCGCUGGGAGAGGAUCCCCGGGCCCGACCACCCGGCCCUCCGGAUCUGGGUGCCUUCCGAGGGCCCCCACUGGCCCGCCUGCCCCAUGACCCUGGUGUCUUCCGUGUCUAUCCCCGGCCUCGGGGUGGCCCUGAACCCCUCAGCCCCUUCCCUGUGUCGCCUCUGGCUGGGCCUGGAUCCCUGCUGCCCCCUCAGCUCUCCCCGGCUCUGCCCAUGACGCCCACCCACCUGGCCUACACUCCCUCGCCCACGCUGAGCCCGAUGUACCCCAGUGGUGGCGGGGGGCCCAGUGGCUCAGGGGGAGGCUCCCACUUCUCCUUCAGCCCUGAGGACAUGAAACGGUACCUGCAGGCCCACACCCAAAGCGUUUACAACUACCACCUCAGUCCCCGCGCCUUCCUGCACUACCCCGGGCUGGUGGUGCCCCAGCCCCAGCGCCCUGACAAGUGCCCGCUGCCGCCCAUGGCACCCGAGACCCCACCAGUCCCCUCCUCGGCCUCGUCAUCCUCUUCUUCUUCUUCCUCCCCAUUCAAGUUUAAACUCCAGCCGCCCCCACUCGGACGCCGGCAGCGGGCAGCUGGGGAGAAGGCCCCAGCUGGUGCUGACAAGAGUGGUGGCGGCGCAGGCGGGCUGGCCGAGGGGGCAGGGGCGCUAGCCCCACCGCCCCCGCCACCACAGAUCAAGGUGGAGCCCAUCUCGGAAGGCGAGUCGGAGGAGGUGGAGGUGACUGACAUCAGUGAUGAGGAUGAGGAAGACGGGGAGGUGUUCAAGACACCCCGUGCCCCACCUGCACCCCCCAAGCCUGAGCCCGGCGAGGCACCCGGGGCAUCCCAGUGCAUGCCCCUCAAGCUACGCUUUAAGCGGCGCUGGAGUGAAGACUGUCGCCUGGAAGGGGGUGGGGGCCCCACUGGGGGCUUUGAGGAUGAGGGUGAGGACAAGAAGGUGCGUGGGGAGGGGCCUGGGGAGGCUGGGGGGCCCCUCACCCCAAGGCGGGUGAGCUCUGACCUCCAGCAUGCCACGGCCCAGCUCUCCCUGGAGCACCGAGACUCCUGAGGGCUGUGGGCAGGGGACCUGUGUGCCCCCCACCCCCCAUGCUUCUUUUGCUGCCUUAAGCCCCCUGUCCCCUGGAGGUGAGGGCAGCUCUCUUGUCUCUUCCCUGCCUCCUCCCUUUUCCCUCCCCACAUUUUGUAUAAAACUUUAAUUUCUUUUUUUUAAAUGGUGGGGGUGGGUGGGUGCCCAGGGCUAGGGGCUGUUCCCUGUCUCUGUGGGUUUCUGAGCUCUGGGCAAAGUGGUGGUAGGGGGAGGGAGGGGGAAGUUAAGGAGGCCGCCUCCAUUCUGGGGAAUUUAUAUUUGAAUUGAGGCUUUGGCCUUAACACCCAGGAACUUUUUUUAUUACAAUCGCUUAGGAAGUAAAGCCUUGUCUCCCUCCCUGUUCUCUGCCUCUUGUACCCCUCUGACCCACCCGCUCUGCCCCACUCCCAACCCUCAGCCCCAGCCCUGCCUGCCCUGCCCCUCCAGGGGGCCAUGAGUGCCUAGGUUUCUCAUACCCCACAAGGUCACAGCAGGGGAGGGAGGGACAAUUUUAUGAUGAACCAAAAAUUCCACGUGUUGGGGGGUGGGGGGCGGAGGAGGGUGAGGGGUGCCGCCCAUGGGCCACAAAUCUCUACAAGUGCCUGCUAUCCCUCUCCCACUCCCCACCCCAGCACCGGUCCAACCCCUUCAUCCCCAGCUGCUCCUAGGAUUGGCCCAUGGGCAGGUGGGUGGGGGGAUGGGAAACCAAACUGGAAGCCCCCUCUGCCUCCUAGCUGGGGCCUCUGGGGUGGGGUGGGGGGCUGUGGUCAAGCCUUAUUCUGUAUUGGGGACUGAGGGUGGGGGGAGUAGAGGGGCCACUGGAGAAUGUAUUCAAAACAAUAAAACUUUGGACCUUUGGA